AUGGUCGCAAAAGGUGUCCGAAAUCAGUACCUAGCGACGUACUGUGCGAAUCUCGCCACACUGAUCUACGGUCUGUCGAUAGGAUGGCUUUCGCCCAACCUGAUCCUGAUGUCCUCGGACGAGACGCCGCUGGUGACGGGUAAGAUCAGCAGCGAGGAACAGGGUACGGUCGGUUCGAUCGGUACGAUCGGCUGCAUGCUGGCACCGCUGGUGUGCGGCUGGGUGGCCGAAAUUGCUGGCCGAAAGUCCGCCCUGAUGCUGAUCGGGGUGACGCAGCUGAUCAGCUGGGCGGUGAUGCCGUUCGCUACCCGCCUGUCCGUGAUCUAUGCGUCGCGCAUCUUUGGCGGUUUUGCCGGCGGUGGAACGCUGUCCAUAGUGCCAUUGUUCGUGUCGGAGAUAUCGGAGGAUAGAAUACGAGGAACGCUCGGUACAAUGCUCGCCAUCUCAUGCAACUUUGGAAUCCUGCUCGGUUUCAUCAUAUCUCACUACGUUAAUUGCUGGGCCGUGACGUACCUUGCGCUGCUGCUGUGCGUGGUCUACUCGCUUGGUUGCUGCUUCUUGCCAGAAUCUCCACAGUAUCUGUUUGUCAAGAAGAAGAAGGAGAAAGCGAUAAAGGCGUUGCGGUUCUAUCGCGGAGAGGAAGCCGAAAGUGAAACAUCACAAUUUACCGCUGAGGUGGCCCGCUUCAAGGACAUCCACAAUGUUGGCCCGCUCAAGAAGAAGGACUCCAACCAGAUACACAUCAAAGAUUUCCUGACCCGAUCGCGCUGGAAGCCGAUCCUGAUCUGCGUAAUAGUGAUCAUGUUCCCGGCCGGUUCCGGUUCGAUACCGCUCAUCACGUACACGGCCACCAUCUUCCAGGAGUCCCAGUCCAACCUUAGCCCGGCCAUGUCCUCCAUUGUGGUGGCGACGCUGCAGCUGAUCGGUUCGUACGUCUCCACGAUGACGGUCGAGAAGGCGGGCCGCCGUGUGCUGCUGGUCGUGUCCACGCUCGGCUGUGCCGUCUGCACCAUCACGAUGGGCACGUACACCUUCCUGCAGGAGAUGCGCGUGGAGGUGGACUGGUUCCGGUGGGUGCCGGUCGCCAGCAUGUCCGCCCUAGUCUUCAUCAAUGCCAUCGGUAUCGGUAUUGUGCCAUUCAUCAUCAUGACCGAGAUCCUGGAGCCGAAGAUCCGCGGCUCGGUCGUCACCUUCUGUCUGCUGGAGUUUUCCGGCGUCGCGUACCUAGUCGUCAAGUACUUCCCGAUCGCGGUCGAGCAGCUCGGGAUGUACGCGUGCAUGUGGUUCUUCUCCUGCUGCUGCGUCGCGUCCGCCACCUUCGUCCUUACCUGCAUGCCGGAAACGAAGGGCAAGAGCUUCGAGCAGAUCUCCGAAUCUCUCAACGGUGGCAAGAAGUCAGGCCACAAGGAUGUCGCCCCCACGCCCGUCUGA